GACCGCGGCGUGGGCUGCGGAUCCCGGGGCGAAGAGUCCGGGGCGAGGCUGGUCCCCGGUGGUCGUCUGCAUUUUAAGUGUCACUUGUUUGAAAGUCGUGGAGGAAGGAAAGCUGAAGAAGGCUGAAAAGAGCAAUCAAGGUCAUCGCCAUCUCUAGUUGGAUACAUUACACAUGAGGAAAGCCUUAUUGCAACCCUACUAACCCAUCUGAGCCUGAGAAAUCAAUACGUGGGACUGCAAACCAAUAGAAGACAAACCCUAGAUAAGUUUAUUUCUUAAUUUUUGUUAUUAUUUAUAAACUUCUUAAUAUUCUUUUGGCUCGGCUUUCUACUCUGCUGUCUUAAAAUUCCUCCCUCCUCCCCAUGAAAACCCUUCUCAGAAUUACUCUUUAUUGGAUCAAUAGUCCUUUAUACAAUUCUCCUCUCCUCUCCUGCUUACUUACUUGUGCAUCACCUGGCACUCCAUUCGAGGCUUCUUCACACAAUGAAUAAUUUCCUUCUGUUCCUAUUCCUGGCUUCACAAGUCCCUUUAGGACUAGGCACAGUAAACACUAUUCUAAAACCAGAACCACAACCAUGGGACCAAAACUCACUAAUUAGGAUUACCAAGGCUAUAGCCUCGGGGAACGUCACUAACUGCUGGGUCUGCCACAAGCACCCACAAGCCAUGGGCCCCACACAAUAUUUAGCUAGGCCAGAGAACAAAUUUGGUAACGAAAGCUGGCGCUCAGAGCUAGCAUAUAUUUCCAAACCAAGUACAUAUGCUACCCUUUUCACUCUGGUUGACAUAACUACCUCUCCAUCUACCUGCCUAUACACUGCAACAUCUAAACAUAAGCCUGCUCGUCUGGGAAAAGAGUUUCCUGUCUGCAACGAAACUAAGACUGCUCUAUGCAAACUUAGAGUCUUAUAUUAUUCCAUAUGGUGGCCUGCGAAUAUUUCCUCAUGUAAUACCAUUGUUCCUAUGGUUUUAACUAACACUUCCAACACAACCUGUGCUCCGGAGGGAAUGGUUUACAUAUGCGCAUAUUCCAUGAAUAGAACAGCAGGCAUUGGUUCAGUACAUGCCACCCCCACCGGAUACAUGGCCACUUCAUGCCUAAAUCCCUAUCUCAUUUAUGGAAUGUGCACCUUAGGAUAUUUAACUCCUAGCCUGGCCAUCUACAAUGAAACUUCACCUUCCCGGCAUAAGAGAGGACUCCUAGACAACCCCUUAAAUUGGAGAAGAAGCACCUUUAGUUCCCUCGUCCCCUGGACAGAAUACAUAGAACAUGAAUUCAUCCUUUCUAAUCUCACAGCUGAAUUAGAAAUGCUCUCAAAUGAAACGGGAGCAGUCCUCCGUCAACUACAACAGUCCCUCAACUCAUCAACCAAUAUAGGCUUAGACAAUCGUAUUGCCCUGGACUAUCUUUUAGCUGCAGAAGGAGGAGUCUGCGCUAUUAGAAACAAUACAUGCUGCACCUACAUCAAUAACUCCGCUAAAGUAGAAACAAGAAUACAUGAAAUUCUAAACCACGCGACCUGGUUAAAGAAUCCAAGAGAAACGCAACAUUUGCCAGAUGACAGCAAUUCUUCCUCCAAGUAAUGAUUCAUCGGGGUUUUCAACCCUUCCUCUCCUGCAGAAAUAGCUUGACCUCUUGGUCAAGCUGGCCAACAAUUUCAGGAAACCUACCCUUUUGUCUAAUAGCAAGAGAAUGCGACCCAAUCCCCAACUUCGUCCAUUUGUCAGCAGGAAGUAGCCAGAUGGUUGUCUACGUCCAUAAUCCCCCAACAAAUUGGGUGUCAAACUCUUGAGGGAAGAAUGUUAGAGUAGGCAGUUGGAUAGAUAUGAACAGGGCAGAGACAGGACAGACUGACCAAAGAUCACGCUUGAGUAAAGAGAGGGAAGAUAAAAAGCCAGGAACUGGGCCCAUUCGGUACUGGAACCUCGCUCCAGCUGCCUGUCUGAGUGUCCCUCAGAUGUACUUAUGCUUUGAAUAAAAUUUUGCGGCUUGCUACAGUU